AACAUACAAUCUGGAAAGUCUUUCAGUAUGUUGUUGUACUCCAUUAACCAGCAACUUCAAGGGUGGAGAGAUAUCAAUGACACGGUGAAGAACCAGCAUCCCAUUCACAGUGUGAUUGUGGUGCCAAAUAACUCGCUUUUACUCAAGUAUCGAGAUUGGGCAUCGGAGCUCAUCUCAGAAAUAGAUAAAGAUUGUUGUCCCAUAAAAGUGGAUGUAUCAGAGUCAGGAAAGGAAAUCAUCGUAAGAGAGUCAUUGAAUAUUCAGUUUAUUGAAUCGUCGAAGAGAUUUUUGAACAUGUCGACCAAUUUUUCGAUUGAUCCGUUAUCUCCAAACUUCAAACCUCAAAUUGUCAUAAUCAAUUCUGCUACUUUCAACAAAAUUUUCCACAAUAAGAAAGAUAUUCCCGGAUUACCAACCAAGGAAGCCUUUGCGGACGUUAAGUUUGUUGGAAUAGAUGAGGCAAAUUUCCUAUUUGGUGCUUCCCUAGCAAGUGACAUGAACCCAAAUAUCGUCGUUGUGGGUGAAAAGGAAAGACUUGAGCUUUAUUUACAUCAGUCAUUGAAGAAACUUCGGGAAAUCCAAUACAAUACGUUUAAAAGCCGGGUUGAAGCUGAUACACGUUGCAAGUUCUGUCCAAUUCAGUAUUGUUUCAUGUUUCAUGCUCAGCAUCCAUUCCAUACGUCAUACGUGCAAAUGAUCAAUGGGUACAAAAACCUUGAUAAAUACAAUGAUCCAGAAGCCGAGUUGGUUGAAAAACUUACCCAAAUGACCAAUGAAGAAUUUGCGUUGUUCAGAAGGGAGCUUCCGUUGGAAUCAGUUGGAGAGUUGGUUAGACAACACUUCUACAAGAAGGAUGAGAACGGUAAUGUUGUCAAAAGAAUUAACUUGUCAUUAGUCGAUGCAACUAGAGUGCCACCAAAAACAAGGACUUUGGGAUACCAAAGUUUAAAGCAGUUUGAAGACUUUCCGGAAAGAGAGGCAUUCAUGGAUGAGUUCAAGGUUUAUGCUAAAGAAUAUAACCACCAAGGCAACAAUGUCUUCAAAGCCUAUUUUAAAGAUAAGCUUAUGGUAGACGAGACCAGAAGAAGUACAAUUAAUGAUGCACAUUUUGUUCAUCGUCUGAUACUCCAGUUCAGAAAGACGUUUCCCGACUCCAAAGAUCCCAUUCUUUUCGUGAUGCGGCCCACAAGUCAUUUCCCAUCUAUGGUAAGAAAGAUGAAGCUGCUUUUGAAAGCUAGUAAAAAAGAGCCAAUUGAGUUAUCAUGCUAUCAUAAACCCAGGAAUAUUACCCUGAAUCAAACACAUAUGGCUGACGAAAAUGAGCCCUACAUCGACAACCCAGAAGACUUCAAGAACUUUUUUAUUAAGAACCCAACCACUAACUUGUUGGUGCCUUCUGAUGAGUUUCCUGGUCUUGAUAUAACUGGUGUCAAAAAUAUUAUCAUAUGUGGGUCAGCCAACUGGCCAACUCUUGCAACGGUUUCGUGGAAUCUGAGUAUGUCAGAGGCUCAAAAGAAGUUGGUGUCAGGGAUUGAAAUGCCCCAUACUGACUUGUUCUAUUAUCACUUGCUGAAGCUUCAAAUGGAAAACGAUCAAGAUGAUAGGAACAUUCUUUGGAUCCAAGAUUCCUUCUAUUUGAAGAAGUCAUCAAUUACCAAAAGGGUUAUAAAGCAAGACCUGAAAUCUUUUAGGGAAAUGUUGCUCUACAAUGAUAUAAUUUCUCUUGUGAACCAUGUUCCACCCCACAUAGAUUAAUACCUGUAAAAAGUUUAUAUAUACAUUAAAUAAGUUAAUUGAGCAACACCGUAGUCUUGGAUUCACGAUUUUUGUUACCAGAGAACAGAAGUUUCUGUUGUCCUACCUUUUUCCUAAAUUCUUCAGCUGUCAGUAAUGAAGCAUAAAACUGCAUAACUUUGGGAUGUGCCCUCACCCGAGCUCUAUCAAAAUUGAGUACUUGAAGUCCGUCUCGAGAAACAGCUCUUGAUAAAGCAACGUAAGCUUGUCCAUUUUCAAAAAGUUUCUUUAAAUCAACUUUGACAUGCUGUAAGGUUUGACCUUGAGAUUUGUGGAUGGAUAAAGACCAAGCUAAUAUCAAAGGAAUUUGAACUCUUUUAGCUAAAGCAUUCAUAUGUUCAUCUUCAAUCGUCCACACUUCAGGUUCCACAAGAAUCGUUCUAUGGUUUCCUCCAACCAAAAAUCUUACUAAUGGAUACUUGGACUUGGUGGAUGUUUCAUGCAAUUCUCUAAUUAGACUUUUUUUCCGUGCAAUAUUCUGUUUGUAGGCAAUUCCUAGAGCUGAAAGGUCUUCUUCAUCAGAAGCCAUAUCUUCUAAAAAGUCAAACACGGAGUCGGAUAAGAUACUUGGUUUAGUAUCUACUUGCAAUUCUUCAUGAUCUUUUUUAGAGUCUCCUCUAGAAGCUUGUUCACCUUUCAACUUAAGUUCCUCAGGCGAAAUAUCUGGGUUUUCAUCCAUAGUUUGAAGGUGCAUGUAAGUAUCCCUAUCGAUAAAGUCAACUACUGUUCCAAGCGAACCAUUGACUAGGGUGUCAUCGAAAUUCUUGAUGCACAUGACCUGAGCUCCCUUUUUCAAAAACAAGUUCUCUGGUGUCAAAAAGUUGUUUAAUACAGCCUUGGGAUUUUCUAAGCUACCAGAGUCGACUGCUCGGUACAAAAGGGCAGAACCAUUCAACAUGUUUAAACGGGUAUUAUUGGCAUGCUCCA